AGAAUUGCAGGAGAGUCUUUGUUCCAACAGCAUUACAUUUUUGUUCUAUCAGUUGUAUUUCCUUUGGUUCGUCUGAAAUCAAGAUCAAGAACAGCAUGAGUCAGAAACAAGGCGACAGCCAGAGUCACUGGAGGGGACAAGACUGAGGUUAACUCUGAAGUCUAAUGUGCUGAGAGAACAAGCCCCUCUUGAGAGCUAAACGAUGAGAUUUUACCUGUAUUACCUGGUGCUUUUGGGCUUCAGUUCUGUCAUCUCCACCUAUGGGCCUCAUCAGAGAGCACAGAAGACUGGGGAUAUUCUGCUGGGCGGGCUGUUUCCAAUGCACUUUGGUGUUACCUCCAAAGACCAAGACCUGGCAGCGCGACCAGAAUCCACAGAGUGUGUACGGUACAAUUUCCGGGGAUUCCGUUGGCUUCAGGCCAUGAUUUUUGCAAUAGAGGAGAUCAACAACAGCAGUAUUCUCCUGCCCAACAUCACACUGGGCUACAGGAUCUUUGACACCUGCAACACCGUGUCCAAGGCCCUGGAGGCUACCCUCAGUUUCGUAGCACAGAAUAAGAUUGACUCUCUGAACUUGGAUGAAUUCUGUAACUGCACAGAUCACAUCCCUUCGACUAUAGCAGUGGUGGGGGCUUCUGGGUCAGCAGUCUCCACUGCUGUUGCCAAUCUGUUGGGCCUCUUCUACAUCCCACAGAUCAGCUAUGCCUCUUCCAGUCGCCUGCUGAGCAACAAGAACCAGUUCAAAUCCUUCAUGAGGACCAUUCCCACAGAUGAGCACCAGGCCACUGCCAUGGCAGAUAUCAUCGACUACUUCCAAUGGAAUUGGGUCAUUGCAGUGGCGUCUGAUGAUGAGUAUGGACGUCCAGGGAUUGAAAAAUUUGAGAAAGAGAUGGAAGAACGAGACAUUUGUAUCCAUCUGAGUGAGCUGAUCUCUCAGUACUUUGAGGAGUGGCAGAUCCAAGGAUUGGUUGACCGUAUUGAGAACUCCUCAGCUAAAGUUAUAGUCGUUUUCGCCAGUGGGCCUGACAUUGAGCCUCUUAUCAAAGAGAUGGUCAGACGGAACAUCACAGACCGCAUCUGGUUGGCCAGCGAGGCUUGGGCAACCACCUCCCUCAUCGCCAAACCAGAGUACCUUGAUGUUGUAGUUGGGACCAUUGGCUUUGCACUCAGAGCAGGCGAAAUACCUGGCUUCAAGGACUUCUUACAAGAGGUCACACCAAAGAAAUCCAGCCACAAUGAGUUUGUCAGGGAGUUUUGGGAGGAGACUUUUAACUGCUAUCUGGAAGACAGCCAGAGACUGAGAGACAGUGAGAAUGGGAGCACCAGUUUCAGACCAUUGUGUACUGGAGAGGAGGACAUUAUGGGUGCAGAGACCCCAUAUCUGGAUUACACGCAUCUUCGUAUUUCCUAUAAUGUGUAUGUUGCAGUUCACUCCAUUGCACAGGCCCUGCAGGACAUUCUCACCUGCAUUCCUGGACGGGGUCUUUUUUCCAACAACUCAUGUGCCGAUAUAAAGAAAAUAGAAGCAUGGCAGGUUCUCAAGCAGCUCAGACAUUUAAACUUCUCAAACAGUAUGGGAGAAAAGGUACAUUUUGAUGAGAAUGCUGAUCCGUCAGGAAACUACACCAUUAUCAAUUGGCACCGGUCUCCUGAGGAUGGUUCUGUUGUGUUUGAAGAGGUCGGUUUCUACAACAUGCGAGCUAAGAGAGGAGUUCAACUUUUCAUUGAUAACACAAAGAUUCUGUGGAAUGGAUAUAAUACUGAGGUGCCAUUCUCUAACUGUAGUGAAGAUUGUGAACCAGGCACCAGAAAGGGGAUCAUAGAAAGCAUGCCAACGUGUUGCUUUGAAUGUACAGAAUGCUCAGAAGGAGAGUAUAGUGAUCACAAAGAUGCCAGUGUUUGUACCAAGUGUCCCAAUGACUCAUGGUCUAAUGAGAACCACACAUCCUGUUUCCUGAAGGAGAUAGAGUUUCUGUCUUGGACAGAGCCCUUUGGGAUCGCCUUGGCAUUAUGCUCUGUGCUGGGGGUAUUCUUGACAGCUUUCGUGAUGGGAGUGUUUAUCAGAUUUCGCAACACCCCAAUUGUUAAGGCCACAAACAGAGAGCUAUCCUACCUCCUCCUGUUCUCACUUAUCUGCUGUUUUUCCAGCUCCCUCAUCUUCAUUGGUGAACCCCAGGACUGGACAUGCCGUCUACGCCAGCCUGCAUUCGGGAUAAGUUUUGUUCUCUGCAUCUCCUGCAUCCUGGUCAAAACUAACCGAGUACUUCUAGUGUUCGAAGCAAAGAUCCCCACCAGUCUCCAUCGUAAGUGGUGGGGGCUAAACUUGCAGUUCCUGUUGGUGUUCCUGUUCACAUUUGUGCAAGUGAUGAUAUGUGUGGUCUGGCUUUACAAUGCUCCUCCGGCGAGCUACAGGAACCAUGACAUUGAUGAGAUCAUUUUCAUUACAUGCAAUGAGGGCUCUAUGAUGGCGCUUGGCUUCCUAAUUGGGUACACAUGCCUGCUGGCAGCCAUAUGCUUCUUCUUUGCAUUUAAAUCACGAAAACUGCCAGAGAAUUUUACUGAGGCUAAGUUCAUCACCUUCAGCAUGCUCAUCUUCUUCAUCGUCUGGAUCUCUUUCAUCCCUGCCUACUUCAGCACUUAUGGAAAGUUUGUGUCGGCUGUGGAGGUCAUCGCCAUACUAGCCUCCAGCUUUGGACUGCUGGCCUGUAUUUUCUUCAAUAAAGUCUACAUCAUCCUCUUCAAACCGUCCAGGAACACUAUAGAGGAGGUUCGCUGUAGCACUGCGGCCCAUUCUUUCAAAGUGGCAGCCAAGGCUACUCUGAGACACAGCUCAGCCUCCAGGAAGAGGUCCAGCAGUGUGGGGGGAUCCUGCGCCUCAACUCCCUCCUCAUCCAUCAGCCUCAAGACCAAUGACAAUGACUCCCCAUCAGGUCAGCAGAGAAUCCAUAAGCCAAGAGUAAGCUUUGGAAGUGGAACAGUUACUCUGUCCUUGAGCUUUGAGGAGUCCAGAAAGAAUUCUAUGAAGUAGGGAAGUGUCUUUUGGUGGGCAGAGGUCCUUGUCAAAACCUGAGUUGGUGUUGCAUUCUUUGUUGGUUGGGUAGUUGUAGCAGAAAUUAUGAUAUUAAAAGCUUUGAUGUAUUCAGAAUGGUGACACAGCAUAGGUGGCCAAGAUUCCAUUAUAUUACAAUAAUCUGUGUUGUUCAUUGAGGACAUUUCAAAAUGCGGAAAAUUGUCAAAUACAUAAUUUACUGCGUUUUCUUGAGAAUAGAAUAGCCCAUUCAAGUCAUUGUUGAGCAGACAUUAGUAAUACUUUCCAUACCAAUUGUCAAUAACAAUAGAUUCACAUUGUCAAAGUUCAACUAUGACCUGUAAAAUACAUGAGGUAUAACAGGAGACAAUAAAACUAUGUAAUUCACUCUGAGCACAGGACAUAGGCCUACUAAUGUAGACUAUAUCAGUCUCUUUCCUGUCUCUCAUUAGGCCAGUGUUUAACAACCCUGGUCACUCAGUACCCACGACAGAACACAAUUUUGUUGUAGCCCUGGACAAACACACCUCAUUCAACUCAUUGAGGGCCUGAUGAUUAAUUGACAAGUUGAAUCAGGUGUGCUUGUCCAGGGUUACAAUAUAAAUGUGUGCUGUUGGGGGUACUUGAGGACCAGGGUUGGGAAACAUUACAUUAGGACGACUUGUAGGUUCUUCAAUAUGGUGUCAUACUACUGUCUGGUUGUUUUCUGCAAGUGUUUAUUUCACCAAGUUACUGCACAUGUUAGACCUAUACACUGGAAUAAAAGGUUUAUUUUCACAAUGCAUCCAAUGACAAUAAAAUCACCGUAUGCCAAAGAAGAGAAGCAUCAGAGUCUGCAAUAAGUAGCCUAUUAGUGGAAGCUCAUCCGAUGUAGGCGAGUAGUGGAAGCCUAUCAUUGCAUCAGUCUGUCUGGGGACACACAUGGAGAAGAGGCUUUUAUUUCAGCCCUGCACUAACACACCUUUGGU